AAACACUUGAACAUUCAUUGAUAAAUGAUUUUCAAGCGCUUGAAACAGUAUAUAAAUGACUAGACAUGAAUAUAUUUUCAUUGGUUUACUCUCUAGUGAUUCAACUUGAAAAAAAGGAAUACCCAAGAUGAGGAUAGCCUUCUGUUUUGUAGUUAUUGCCGUUUCGGGAGCUCUCUCCUACGGUAUUGACUCAAAUCCAUUUUCCGAUGAAUUCAUAGACUACAUCAACAGCCAACAAAGCUCAUGGAAAGCUGGCAGGAAUUUUGACAAAGACACUCCACUGUCUCACAUUCGUAGUUUACUUGGGGCCCUCGAAUCCCCUGAACCCAGAUCAAUGAGUGACGUCGUUGUCCACAGCGAAGACACCCCAAUUCCAGAAUUCUUCGAUGCCCGUGAACAGUGGCCCAAAUGCGAAAUUAUCAACGUCAUCAGGGAUCAGUCUUCAUGUGGUUCAUGCUGGGCUGUUGCAGCAACUUCCGCUAUGAGUGACAGGAUUUGCAUUCACUCGAAUGGAGAAAAGCAAAUAUUUGUUUCAGAGGAAGACUUGAUAUCAUGUUGCGGCAUACUUUGUGGUUUGGGAUGUCAAGGAGGAUAUCCUUUACAGGCCUGGAUCUAUUGGCAACUACAAGGUCUUGUUUCCGGAGGUCCUUAUAAUUCUACUACGGGUUGUAAAGCUUACUCGAUGUCGCCAUGCGGGUACCAUACAACUGGAAGCUAUCCUCCAUGUCCUGAAGGUCUGUAUCCAACACCAGCAUGCCAUAAACAAUGUGACGCGCAUUCUCCUCUCUCCUAUGCCUCUGACAAAUCAUAUGGACAAAGUUCUUAUUUCGUUAGUUCCAGAGAACAACAAAUACAAUUGGAAAUCUUGAAAAACGGUCCGGUUGAGGCUACAUUUAAUGUAUACGAAGAUUUCGCUUCUUAUAAGAGUGGUGUUUAUCAUCACGUUGCUGGCUCCCAUUAUGGUGGACAUGCUGUGAGACUCUUAGGUUGGGGAGUUGAAAAUGGAUCAAAGUAUUGGUUAGUUGCAAAUUCCUGGAGUGGAGACUGGGGUGACAAAGGCUAUUUCAAGAUACUCAGAGGGACAAAUGAAUGUCAUAUCGAAAAUGGUAUAGUUGCUGGAUUGCCAAAAUUAUGAAGUGAAAAAAUUUUUAAAAUGCUUCAAUUCAUGUUCUCACAGUAGGUUGAAUGAUUUUUCAAAAUGUACUAUUAAAAAUUUAAAUGUAACGAUGACAGAUUAUUUAGAAUCCAAAGCAAUGAACACACCAAAAAAGAUAAGUGAGCACAAGA